AUGGGAGUAGACAAGAGUGAUUGGGAAUGGAUUGUGAUAAUUUUAGUUGUUGUGUUGUUAAUGCAGGACGCAAGUACAAGAAACUCAGUCAAUAGGUCUAAGUUGUGUAUGCCUCAUCGUACGGGUAGCAGGCCUAUUAGAGAGAUUGUUUACGAAAUGGGAGGCAAAGAUGGUAAUCCACUAAACAUGGCAACUAUUUUCUUUGAGACACGUAAGAAGGGAAAUGAGCUUGUCGAACCUGAAACCGUUGAAAAAUAUGUAGUGGAAAGGUGCUUUGGACCUCAAUGCAAAAGUCACGUAGUUGGAUUUGGUGGUGGAAUAACAACUAAAGAGUUAAAAGGCGGUACCACCUCAAAGGCUGCAUUGUGGGAAGAGCUGAAAACAACUCGAAAAGAAAAGGAAUCACUACAAAAACGCAUGGAUAUUCUAGAGAGUAAAUAUGAACAGCUUGAAAAUAUAGUGAUCCGUUAG